AGGGAAAAAAGCGAAUGGGGGAGAGGAAGAGGAGAAUGUGACAACUGCUGGAUGCGGACAGAGUGUGUGCGGCUGGCUAACACUGCCUUUAGGGAGGCCUCGGCUCCUGCACCUGUCCCUCUCCGUCUCCGCGGCCAGGCGCAGUUAGGGCGAGAGCGACGCUCCUUUAUUUAUCAGGCAGGGCGCACAGCGGCGGAGGCGCACACACACACACAUACACACACACACACUCACUCACAUACACGUUACUGUACCCACACACACACACACAUAUAACACAGGGCUGGCAGGCAACAUGACUUCAUCCUACAAUCUGGAUUUUCUGCCCGAUAUGAUGGUGGAAAGCCGCCUGCUUGUUCCCGGAGACAGAAUUAACGGCACGGCCGGGAAGAUGAACGGGGCGUUGGAGCAUUCGGACCAGCCAGACCCGGACGCCAUCAAGAUGUUUGUGGGCCAGAUCCCGCGCUCCUGGUCAGAGAAGGAGCUGAAGGAGCUGUUCGAGCCGUACGGAGCCGUCUAUCAGAUCAACAUCCUCCGGGAUCGCAGCCAGAACCCUCCACAGAGCAAAGGCUGCUGUUUUGUCACGUUUUACACAAGGAAAGCUGCCCUUGAAGCCCAGAAUGCACUGCAUAACAUAAAGACCUUAACAGGGAUGCACCACCCUAUUCAGAUGAAACCUGCAGACAGUGAGAAAUCUAACGCUGUUGAAGACAGGAAGUUGUUCAUCGGCAUGGUGUCAAAGAAGUGCAACGAGAACGACAUCCGGGUCAUGUUCUCUGCGUUCGGACAGAUCGAGGAGUGCCGGAUCCUCCGAGGGCCCGACGGACUCAGCAGAGGAUGUGCGUUUGUCACGUUUUCCACCAGAGCUAUGGCACAGAAUGCAAUCAAAGCCAUGCACCAGUCUCAGACUAUGGAGGGCUGCUCGUCUCCCAUCGUGGUGAAGUUCGCCGACACGCAGAAGGACAAGGAGCAGCGGCGUCUGCAGCAGCAGCUGGCGCAGCAGAUGCAGCAGCUCAACAGUGCGACCACCUGGGGGAGCCUGACGGGCCUGGGCGGCCUCACUCCGCAGUAUCUGGCUGUAAGGAGAGCCGCCGCGUCGCCCACCUCCACCAUCACCUCCUCCUCCACCACCCCUUACUGCAGCCCCAUGGCCAGCGCCGCCGCAUUGCUUCAGCAGGCAACCUCCUCCAGUAACCUAGGAGCCUUCAGCGGGAUCCAGCAGAUGGCCGGUAUGAGUGCUCUGCAGUUGCAGAACCUGGCUACUUUAGCGGCGGCAGCGGCGGCGGCCCAAAACUCAGCCAGCCCCUCCACCGCAAACCCCCUGUCCUCCAACGCCGCCUCCCUGGGAGCGUUGGCCAGCCCAGCAGCGGGCACCACAGCCAGCUCCAACGCCGGUGCCAUGAACUCUCUGACCUCUUUGGGCACCCUGCAGGGCCUGGCAGGUGCAACUGUGGGCCUGAACAACAUUAAUGCACUAGCAGGUAGCGUCAACAGUAUGGCGGCUCUAAACGGAGGCCUGGGCGGCGCAGGGCUUACCAACGGGACGGCGGGCACCAUGGACGCGCUGACGCAGGCUUACUCAGGGAUCCAGCAGUACGCCGCCGCAGCGCUGCCCACCCUCUACAGCCAGUCCCUGCUGCAGCAGCAGGGGGCCGCCGGCAGCCAGAAAGAGGGUCCCGAAGGUGCCAACCUCUUCAUCUACCACCUGCCCCAGGAGUUCGGAGACCAGGACAUACUGCAGAUGUUCAUGCCUUUCGGAAACGUGGUCUCUGCCAAAGUCUUCAUCGACAAACAGACAAACCUUAGCAAGUGCUUCGGCUUCGUCAGCUACGACAAUCCAGUGUCGGCACAGGCAGCCAUCCAGGCCAUGAACGGCUUCCAGAUCGGCAUGAAGCGGCUGAAGGUGCAGCUGAAGCGCUCCAAGAACGACAGCAAACCAUACUGAUCUUAGCACUAGGGUCUAUCUGCUCCCCAUGUUAGCACUGCUAGGAACAACCCAUCUCCAUGCCUGUUAGCUCAUCGUUUGCCUAGCAUGUCUCCGUGGCGUCCAAACAAACCAAA